AUGCCCGAGCCCGACGCCGUCGCCGCCCAGGGCGGUGGCAGUAACUCCAGCGACUUUGAUCCGGCCUAUGCGAACAUUGUCAGAUGGGGAAAUGAGGGCGACACCUUCGUAAUUUUGGAGACCGACAAGUUCACCAACGACAUUCUUCCCAAGCAUUUCAAACACAGCAACUUCUCGAGUUUUGUUCGACAACUGAACAAGUACGACUUCCACAAGUUGCGUCGUAACGACGAGAACAAUGAGUCGCCUUACGGCAAGCAGGCGUGGGAGUUCAAGCACUCGGCCUUCCGUGCCGACAGAAAGGACAACUUGGACAACAUCAGACGAAAGGCUCCCGCGCAGAGGAAGACGCAGCAGACGGAAGACCAGUUCACCACAACCCAGUCCAUAAACCUGCUCCAAGAGACCCUCUUUGCCCAGCAACAGCAGGUCCAGGCACUGCAGGAGCAAGUCGCUGAAAUGUCGCGGACCAACAAGACGCUUGUUCAUGAGGUCCAUACGAUGCACAAGAUCAUCGAUGCCCAGAGACAGUCACAACACGAGUUGCUCAACUACAUGUCGCAUGCCGAGGACAGAAUGAGAGGGCCCAGGUACCCCGGCCCGAACCCGCAGAUGAACGGAGGUGUCAUCGAUGACCAGGCCCCCGAACUGCGACGAGCCAGGGAGCUCCUGUCGAGUGUAACGACGAACAGCAUGGUGGACCGAGAGCUCGAGAGACUGAACGGCAUGUACGCCCAGAGCUCUCCGCCAGACUCGGCCUCUUCGCUCAUGUUCCAGCCUGGGAACGCGGGAAUGCCGCCCAUGCUCCCCGAGCACAUGAAUAUGCGCCACCUCGUUUACCCCGUCGGCGAGAACGUAGGCAUCGACCCGUUGUCCCAGGAUCACUUCAACAACAUCCCCUACACGCUCAACUCUUUGCCCAUGAACGACUUUCCGGCCCAGCCUGUCGUCAAGCCGGAACCCGGACCUGCUACGCCCGCUCCUGCGGCCGCCGCGCCGCCGCGCCCUCCUCACUCAACCGACAAGGGACUUUGGGGUUCCAAGAAGCCGAGGGUGUACCUGGUCGAGGAUGAUAGGACCUGCUCGAGAAUCGGUUCCAAGUUCUUGACACAAAUGGAGUGCAUCGUAGAGCUGGCUGAAAACGGUAUCGACGCCGUCAACAGGUGCAAGGAGGUGCCAUCCGGACACUUCGAUCUCAUCUUCAUGGAUAUUGUCAUGCCACAGAUGGACGGUGUGUCUGCGACGCAACUCAUCCGCGAAGUCCACCCCGACGUUCCAGUUGUCGCCAUGACGUCCAACAUCCGACCUGAAGACAUCAGCCACUACUUCAACUGGAGUCUUAACGAUGUGCUGGCAAAACCAUUCACCAAGGACGGCAUGUUGCGCAUUCUCCGGAAGCAUGUACCGCACCUCCUCAAGAAUGCGCCGCCGGAUGAGCUGGCCGUAGGCCACGGAGCUGCCCAACUUCAUGCCAACAGCAUGAGCGUGCCGCCGAUGAACCCCCAAGUCAAGUUUGACUCAACGCCAGGCCAGUCACCCGCGACGACUGCUUCCUGGCACUCGCCUGGGCAAAUACACCAACCGUCCCCGAACGUGACGAACAUUGAAACGGGGUAUCCCAUGGCGAACACGGCCCAAAUGGUCAUCACACCGACGUCGGCUCAACGGCCGACGUUCCAAAACAUGCCGCCAGGCAUGCAGCAGAUGCGUGUGCCUGACCACAUUGUUGGCGAUGAUCGGCCAGAGAAGCGACAGAGGAUGUACGGGCCUCAGGGCGGAUACGCUUAA